CGACACCGAAGUCCUCACGGGCCACGUAAACUAUUCGCGCGGAGCACCUCACUCCCGCCGCUUGGCGUCAGGGUCUGUUUCGUAGGCGCAGCUGCUCGUGGGGAAAAAAAGAAAGCCUAACGCGCCGCACUCACUCGGUCGUCCCAGCUUCCAAGUUGAAUGACAACCAGGUGGAACGACGGGAGGCGACAGGCAGACUCCGAGGGCCUCACGUGCGGGCGUUAGACUCCAGCUGGACACCGAUUAAGAUAAGCCCCACGAAGAUGGAUUUAUCCUGACCCCCGCCGGGUCCCACUGAAGGGAAAACGAGAACUUCAGAGCGAGAACCCUGGCGUCGAAAGCCGGAACGGCCAAGCCGCGAUCCGCGGAGAGCGCGCCGCCGCCGUUGCCGAACACCGCAGCCGCAGUCGACCCGAUGGCCACGCUGCAGCUGGAGCAGCUGUUCCGCGCGUGUGACACUCGCGGCACGGGAUACUUGGACCGCGAAGAGCUGCGCAAGCUGUGCCACCGGUUCAGCAUCAGCAGCCAGGACGCCGACGCCAUAUUCGAGGACUUGGACCACGACGAUGACGGACGGAUAGACUUCCGCGACUUCGAGAAGGGCUUCCGCGACUUCCUCACCCAGCUUCCGGGAGGCGACACGCCGCCGGAAUCGGAAACGGCGGACGAUGCCGCCGCCGGCGGUGCCACCGGUGCCAACGCGAGGGCUCCGCGACCCUCGGAACUGCAGAAGGCGUUGCGCAGGGCCUCCACCAUCGAGUAUCGCCGGGACUCGGUGAUCAACGGUGGUGACGAGAAUGCAAAGUUGUGGAACACGCAGCGCGCUUGGGGCAACCUGACCACCGAGCUUGCCAAGUCGGGGAACGUCAUCAACGAGGAGACGCUCAACGACUUGUACAAGGAACUUCAGCGUAGCGAAAAGCCGCAGGUCGUGGAGCGUUUCGAGGACGUCAUCGCCGAUCUGUUGGACAACAUGAAGAGGCUUCAGGAGGAGAACAACCAGUUGGAAAACACAUGGCUCAAGGAGAAGAAGGAGCACGAAGAACACUUACGACGCAUGGAGGAAGAAAUGGACAACCUCAAGCUUGUGGAACUGCAAGCCAAAGCCAAGGUGGAGGAGGAGGUCGAGGCGAAGAGGAGGACGCUUCAGGCCAAGAUGAGCGAAGAGAUGAACGAACUGCAGUCGCACGUUUCCCUCUUCGAAAAGGUCGAACAGUGGCUGCGGGCGAACGAGACGCAUGACCGCAAGCUGACCUCGGUACACUCGAAGCUGGACGAGGCGCUGCAGGAGAACCGGCAGUUGCGGCUGAGCCUCAUGGACACGCAGAACAACGUGGCGCUGACACGCAGCGAGCUGGCCCAGAUUCGAUCUCAGUACGAAGACAAGUGCAAAGCCCUCUACGACGAACGGGAGCGCAUCAUGGGUGUACUGCAGGAGCAGGGACUCGCCAGCAAGCAGCUUCAGCAUCUUCAAGAAGCCAACCGAAAGUUGCAAGACACCAACGACAUCUUGCGGAGCGUCUUGGAGAAAGCCGAGGCCGAUAAAACGCACACUCCUGACUUGGUGAGACAAGAAUCAGUACUUUCUGACUACUUUGGGGACGCUGCCUUCAUGCCACCCAUGAGAAACCGAAGGCCGCUCGGCGACCGGAGACCCCUCUUCGACCCCGAAGAAGAGGAGCGGGCCUCGGCCAUCUGGUCGACGAGGGCGCCCUCCAUGGACCAGCACCCCGUGCUGGACCGUAUCGAGAGCGAAGAAGAGCCCCACAUCGUCGACCACAACCACCACGAUCAAGAGGAGCUGCACUCGCUCGAGCGACAGGAGCAGCACCUGAAGCUGCAGCCGAAGGAGAACGGAGACGAGACGGUCGCCAUGAUGGCGGCGGGAGGCCACUUGCAGCCGCCAGCUGCCGCAACUGCGACUGCGCUCGCCGAGGAAGCGGACGAUGUCCUGGUGGGGUUGCCCGGCGUGCACGUUCUCGGGCGGCGGCGCGAGCCGCUUGGCUGCCCAGCAAGGAUUCGUGUCCCGGGGUCCAGCCAAUACAGCGGCCUGUCGACCCUGCGUUCCGCAGCCGCCCUGGACUCGGCCGAAGAAAGCCGCCAGACUGACUACAGUACCCCUCUCCCGUCGCUGUCUUCCGAGACCGUGUCGCUUCGUCACCGGUCCUUGUCAUCGGCGACACCGUCGCUGCACGACCGCGAGGACAGCCUGGACUCCAAUCCAGCAGGUGGCCUGGUCUCGGAGUCUACGACCGCGACGUGCGGAAGCGGUCACAGCAACGGCCCGGUGCUCACGUCUAGGCCACCGCUGCCCGCCAGGAGCACGAGCAAAGCGAGCGACCGGAGCGUGCAGUCGUUGCCACCGUCGUUCGGCGAGUCCGCGUCCAAGGCGUCUUCGUCGUCUUCGGGAAACAGCAUGGAACCCAGCGCGCCCGGCGCGGGUGCGUCCGUAAGCAGCGAGAGCGGCAUCGGGAGCCGGAACACCUGGUGCAGCAUGGAGAGUAUCGAUGACUCACCGAAGCCGAUGACCCGGGGAAAUCUAUCUUCAAGGAGGAUUAGUGAAAUUAAACGGCAACUAGGUGUCGACCCAAGUACCGCGAAGUACCACCGUCGAGCUCCCAGCCCGUCCGGUUCGUGCCAAAGCGUCAACAUCGCUCCUUCACCGAGCGCUCUCAAGACGAGACGGCAGAGAUCGCUGUCUCCCCAGAGGUCGGGAAUGCCUCCCGUUCCGCUUCCAAGGUCCAGAGUCACCUCCCCGGAGCCCAAGCCCGUACCGCGGCGCCACCUGUCGAGACAGGACACGCCGGCCAAGUCGACUGACGAGCCCGACCACGACAAGCCGCGUGAGGACGGCUUCGUCGAAGACCACCGGAGGAACUCGGUGGCACAGAUGAAGGUCUCCGACCAGGAGACUCGGUGCAGCCGCAAGAUCUCCUCCAGUUCCACGUGCUCCGCCGAUAGGUCCAUCGGCAGCUACACUGACUGCACGGGCCCACCCGAGCACACGUUCAGGGUUGUGUUCGUCGGCGACGCGGCCGUGGGCAAAUCUUCGUUCAUCAUGAGACUGAGCAGGGGGAUCUUCAUGCCGCAGCUCACCUCCACGCUCGGGGUCGACUUCCAGACGAAAAACAUCUGCAUCGACAACAAGAACGUUAGUCUGCAGCUGUGGGACACAGCCGGCCAGGAAAGAUUCCGGUGCAUAACGCAGUCGUAUUUCCGCAAGGCUGACGGCGUCAUGCUCAUGUACGACUGCACGAACGAGCAGUCGUUUCUCAACGUGAGGCAAUGGAUGUCUGACCUUGAGGAGGUGGCAUCCCGUGGCAUCCCCAUCAUGUUGGUUUCCAACAAGACCGACCUGCGGGACGUAUUCAAAAUGCAGAGCAAAUCCGUCGUGGAGAGAGAAAACGGGGAAAAGAUCGCGCAAGAAAUGAAAGCUAUCUUUGUGGAGACAAGUGCCAAAGAUGGGUCGAAUAUUAAUGAGGCUGUUGGCGCAUUGACGAGGAGCAUGAUCAAGCACGCGGUACCCCACGAGAAAGACAGCCUCACCCUCAACGAAAAACAAAGCAAGAGCUUCGCCGCAAAGUGCUGCACCAAGUAAAAAGGGGAACGUCUGCACGGAUGUGCACAGUCUACAAAUUCCAAAGCUGUUCCAUGGACAUCACUCUUUUCCUCUUUCGUGCUCGGACAUCAACCUUGCAACGGAUUCGGUUUUUGUCCGGAAUGAGCUCAGAAGUUGCGGUAACGAAUAAGAGGCAAUUGUUCUUUAGAAGAACGUACACCUCGGACAAAUGUACAUUGUCUUAAUUGCAAACUCAUGACGUAUUGUACCAAAAAAGGUCCAACUACCUUUCCCUAAACCUUUUGAUAUUGCUGUAUGUGAGGUAUGGGACUACGCUGCUUAACUAUUUCGGUUGUCCUGGUAACAAAGCAACGACAGACCAGUGCCUUUCAACAGCUAUACUUUUCGACGACAUGUCCUUUUUUGAAAUUUUUUAGAACGUCUUGGGAUCAACCGAGAUACUUGUCAGACCUCUGGUGUUUACACCGGUAUUUGGGACAAGUAGCUCCAGUGAUGUGCCGACAUCAGCCCGUUGGCGCUAAUACCUUUUCUUUCUUUUUUUUUCAAUUUGUGGACUUGAAGAAGAAUACAACUUUAUAGUCCGCAGUGUGCAAAAUGACGACGACAGGUGAAGUUUGUUACUGUCAAUGACGAAACGAUUCCUGAAAGUGAGCAAUUUAUGGCGUUCUUUUCACACAAAUCCUGCUAGCCCAUCGCCGGCCACCAUAUGGACUUUCUUUGUCGUUUGUUUGGCAAGAAGAUAUCGCCUUGCAUGCGGUUAUGCAGCUAGUCUGAAGCUUGUGUGCAUGGAAUUAUGUUCAAGUUACCCUUUCAUAGCGCACAGUGACAAUGCACUGUUUGUUGACAUCUGUUUAGUCAUGCGUGUUCUAGUCUCUAGCUUGUUCAUUUGGCACUUUGCAUGCAGUGCUUCUUAGCCGAAACUUCUCGGCCAGGGGUCUGUUUUAUUUUUUGUUCUCUUUUGUGUCUAGUCAGUCGUAGUAUACAAUAAUUUACGCAAUAAUGUUUUGUCAUUGGAACAGAAAGUAAUGCGAACAGCGGAACCACAGACUGUUAGGCAUGUUGGAUGGUCCAGCCCCCCUGCUCGAUCGCUUUAUGCAUAAGUUAGGGCGACGUUUGAAUCUUUCUGGUAAUCUGUCAGUAUUUACAGCUUCCUCAUUUUCAUCCUGCUUGCUAAGUAACUAUGUGGGUAAGCAAUCUCAUCAAAAUAAAGAAGUGUGUUCACCUACUAGCUGCUGAUAUUUAGCAUAACGGCCCGAGGGUGUGGAAUUGAAUCCCGGCCGCGGCGGCCGCAUUUUGAUGGGGUCGAAUUGCAAAAGCGCUCGUUUACCUUCCAUUGGGUGAACGUUAAAGAACUCCAGGUGGUCAAAAUGAACCCAGUGUCCCCCACUACGACGUGCCACAUAAUCAUAUUGCGGUAUUGACACGUAAAAAAAAAAAAAGAAACAACACUUAGCAUGGUUGAUUACUUGCUAUAUAGUUUGAUUCAGAAACCGUCGAAUUGUGAUGCAACCUGCAAUGUGUUAUACCCGCCAAACAAUUUCAUACAUACAACUCGACACUCGAAACACUUAAGGAUCACGUAGCUAAACGCGGGCUAACUUGAAAACGAACAAGCAAGAAUAGAUUAAAACAACACAUGAAAGUCUGGCGCAUGUUUGGGCGUUUACACAUAUGGCUCCGUCAUUGUUGCAGCAGCCACCGCGAUCCUUCCAAUUCGUCAUAUUUAUUAAUGUCUGCCCGAACGAGGUGUGUUACCGCUGUUAGUAUUCCUUCCUGUGGUUUUGUUUAGGCCCGACUUGCCGAAACACGGCUUUGAGUGUGAGUUAUAGUCACGUGUAAUGAGAAAGGGAACACCGGUGUAACAUUCAAACUAAUGCGGAAACUAUUUAGGCUAUGUUCUGAUCUCCGAGGACACUAAUUAUUGCCCACCAAGAAGCUCUGCUCUUAAUGGGUUGUCACCUGGCAACAGCACAUAAUCAUGGCUCCCCUACUGUAGCGGAACAGCUAAGUUGGUUGCCCUGAGCGACACUCUGAAGCAGGAAACACGUGGUAUGACAUUGCAUCCGAUAUGACGUAUGAUGAAUCUGAAGGAUGUUUGCUUGUAGUGUUGGUAUCUGCUGUAACAUUGGGGCAUCUAUUGGAACUUAUUAGAACUUUCUUUUGGUGGAGUAUAAAAGUGCGUCUACAUUUUUGGAGUCGGUUGUAUCUGAAGGAAUUUGAUUUGGAUCCUAAUGCUGGUACGACUGUUGCAGUUCAGAAAAUAUAUGCUCCUAUUGUUAUGUUGUGUUGGGGCCUGUUGGAAGCUGAUGGGCACUUAUAAAGACGCAAUUGUUGAUAUACGAAUGUUUGUUGGAGUCUUAAAGACAGCUGUACCCAUUAAGGGAACUUGUAUACUGGUUAUGAAAACAUUGGAUGCGGUUGCUUGCAGGACUAGCCGUACUAUGGAUAGCACGCUUAAUAGUAUCGUGUGUCUUUUGAUUUAAGAUGUCUGCGGCAUGUUUUAGUUUGAAUAAUCAGUGCCCUGGAGAACUUCCAUGGUGUACGAUAAACCGGGUGUUCAAAACUAAGCUUUACGGAAUUUUUAAAAAUCGCCUGUGGCAGGUAGCAUAAUUCUUAUCGUUGAGCUGGAUUAUUCGAAGAGGCGGACAUUAGAAGCACGAGAAAUCGAAACACAUAUUCAACUAAUUAACAAAAAUUGACUAAUGAACUUCUUAGUUAAUUACUUUACGACACAUAUUGCAAUUUACGAAUUCUAGCCGGUGAGUUUGCAAGACGUAUCCACUUAAAAUGAAUUUCCAGGAUGACAUCAGUUUUGAGAUAAUAUUUCCCAAAGUGUGGGACGAACUACUUGGGCGUUCCAGUUACUUUUGUGCUUCAAUGCGUAAAACAGCAUUUCGAUAAAAAAGUGGAACAGUGCAUUUCGCCGGGAGUUUGAUGGCGCAUAUCUUCAAACUGGUGUCUUUCUGGAAAUGCAUUCCAAGUGGAUACGCCUGACAAGCUCACCGGCUACAAUUCGCAAAUUGCAAUAUGUGUCGUAAAGUAAUUAACUAAGACGUUAUUUAGUGAAUUUUUGUUAAUUAGUUCAAUAUGCGUUUUAAUUUAGCGUGCUGCUAAUGUCCCUCAUCGAAUAACGCGCCUCAAUGAUAAGAAAUAUGCUACCUGCCACAGGCGAUUUCUAAAAAUUCCGCAAAACUUGAAAAUGAACACCCUGUAUAUAGUCAUUGGACCUUUUGAAUGCAAGCGGGCUGUUCUCUGUAACACUACACGACGAUGUGCUAACACAUUUGAGCUAGUUGGUUUUCUUGAAGCCAUCGCGUCUCUAUGUUUCGUAGAUGCAUCAGCCAACUUGCACCCUAAUGAGAGCAGAAGCCUUGUGCUGUUCCCUUCCUAUGCGCUGUUGCUUUCGACAAGCGCUUAUUGCACGGUGCAUAAUCUCCUGUACAGCCUGUCUUGACCUUUUAUAAAUUAUUUACCUUCCUUCGUGUUGAACGCCUGCGCCACCUGUGUGACGCUGUUUGGCGCGUGCGUUAAGCGAGCGUUAACGCCGGAGGCUGUGCAAAAGUUUCGGAAAGAGUACCGACAAGAAGGGACCAUAUGUGAUUCUACUUUCCUAAAUACUCGUUUGUGGACGUUGUUGGUUUAUUUUGUUGUUGUGUGUUGUUCUCGAUAGUUUGUUCACUGUUUACAUUCAAGCUAUAUUUCACCAUGUUGCCUCUUGGAAAAGCUUAACCGCGCGGUUCGAAAACCGCGUGCUUUUCUCGCGAUCAGCGCUGUACAGUUCAAAAAAUGCUUUCGCCUGAAAACUCGCGCCUUCAUUGAAAUAAUGAAAUAAAGUACAGGUUACUGUC